AUGCCCUUAGAGGAAGGAAAAGGAUGGAAAAAGAAGACAACUGACAUCAAGGAACAUUAUGACUUCAAAGAAGUUCUGGGAACGGGGGCAUUCUCUGAGGUAGUGCUGGCUGAAGAGAAGAGCACUCAGCGCCUCGUUGCUGUCAAAUGCAUCCCCAAGAAGGCACUGGAGGGCAAAGAGAACAGUAUUGAGAAUGAGAUAGUUGUACUGCACAGGAUAAAACAUCAAAACAUAGUGUCACUGGAGGAUAUAUUUGAGAGUCAGACACACCUCUACCUGGUCAUGCAAUUGGUAUCUGGUGGAGAGCUGUUUGACAGAAUUGUUGAGAAGGGUUUCUACACAGAGAGAGAUGCCAGUAAACUCAUUCAUCAGAUAUUGGAUGCAGUGAAAUAUCUGCAUGAUGUGGGCAUUGUGCACAGAGAUCUAAAGCCAGAGAACCUUCUGUAUUGUAGCAUGGAUGAAGACUCCAACAUCAUGAUCAGUGACUUUGGACUGUCUAAAAUUGAGGACUCUGGAACUGUGAUGUCAACUGCCUGUGGAACGCCUGGAUAUGUCGCUCCUGAGGUUCUGGCUCAGAAACCCUACAGCAAAGCAGUGGACUGCUGGUCCAUAGGGGUUAUUUCUUAUAUAUUGUUAUGUGGAUACCCACCAUUUUAUGAUGAAAAUGAUGCCAAGCUGUUUGAGCAAAUCCUGAAGGCUGAGUAUGAGUUUGAUUCUCCAUACUGGGAUGAUAUAUCAGACUCAGCUAAAGAUUUCAUAUGCCACCUAAUGGAGAAAGAUCCAGAGCUAAGAUAUACUUGUGAGCAAGCCUUGCAGCACCCAUGGAUCUCGGGAGACACUGCUCUCGAUAAGAACAUCCAUGAGUCUGUCAGCGCUCAGAUUAAAAAGAACUUUGCCAAGAGUAAAUGGAAGCAAGCCUUCAAUGCGACAGCCGUUGUGAGGCACAUGAGGAGGUUACAGCUAGGCACCAGCCUGGAGGGCUCCAGUCAAAUCACCACCACCAGCCCCUGCCACAGACAUCUGUUCCUGCCUGCUAAAGAGCACCACCCAGAAGAAGAUGAAGACAAUGAAGAGCAAGAGAAUGGUUCUCCGGAUAUUGAUGGGCGACGCAACAGUGCUGAUCAGGACAGCAUCAGAAGCUGUGCAUACUGCUGUAGACCAACCAGCAGGAUCUGA